UUUCUAAAAGCAAGGGUAUGUCAGUAAUUUAGGUCAGCAACAUAAACGGACAGAUGACGGUCGUUUCCAGGGCAAUGGCUGGGGGCGAGGAGAGCAGUCGAUUGAAGAGAGAAGAGUGCAAACACACCAAACACGACCCGCUCUUCUCAAGAUGGGAGAUUCUCAUUGGCCCCUCUGAUUGGGAAAACCACUCCUUGGGCACGGAUGGAGUGGAGAGAUAUCGAAUCCAUAACCUCCCAAUAAGCUGCUCAUGUCCCGGUCUCUAUGAGCUUGGUAUACCUCUAUGUCACACUGAUGUAGGCCGUAAGGUUCGUGAGCUUCAUCAUAGCCGGGUUGUCGUUGUCUACCUUGGACAAGCUGAAAAUGUUAGGACAAGACUCCAGCAUUAUGGCCGAGCAGGUUCUCAUUUGGACCAUGGCAAUUCAAUUAGUCCUGCAAGUGAAAAUAAAAACCUCUGCUUGCAAAGAGGGCCUGGUUUGUUUAGAGAGAUAUUCUCCAAGGGCUUUCCAAUUGUGUUUAGAUGGGCCCCGAUGAAAAACAAGAAAGAGGCAGAGAAGACAGAAUCUCAGCUGCUUGGAAUAUUUGACUACGCGUGGAACAAAGGCGGAAAUGGCAUCCGCCGCCAAGAAGAUGUCGUUCUAAAGCUAAAUAAAAUCGCUUCAGGUGCAACCUCUGAUUUCCUUAGCAAGUUCCAACAGUGGAAGUGGGAGGCUUUUGGUAAAAAGCGAGUUGGCAUCAAGAUCAACGACAGCAUGCCAUCCAAAGAAUCUGAAACUACUUCUGAUGACCCAAAACAUGAUUUGGGUUCGCGGGUUUUCAAAUUUAGCAAAUCGCGGCCUCAGGUAGUCCCAACAAAAUGUGUGGUUGAUGAGGAUUUUACAAUAUGUAGAGUGGCCUUAGGUGAUGGGUCUGUUUGUAGAAGUAGACCUGUUGAAGGAAGGAAAAGGUGUGGUGAGCAUAAAGGGAAGAGGAUUAAUGCCUCAGUCUCUACAUCAGUUACAAAUGGAGAAGUGCUGGUAAAAGAAGGAAAAUCCUGGCCUCAGGUAGUCAUGAGAAAAUUUGUGGUUGAUGAGGAUUUUACGAUAUGUGGGGUGGCAUUAUGUGAUGGGUCUGUUUGCAGAAGCAGACCUGUUGAAGGAAGGAAAAGGUGUGGUGAGCAUAAAUGGAAGAGGAUUAAUGCGUCAGUCCCUACAUCAGUUACAUACGGAGAAGUGCUAGUAAAAGAAGGAAAAUCAGGUGUCUGUGGUGUAAGGUUAGGAGAUGGGUCUGUUUGUAUGGAAUUUCCAGUCCAUGGAAGGAAGAGAUGUGAACUGCAUAAAGGAAGGAGGGUCACUACUCACUACUACUAGUGUUGGAUCAAUGCUUCAGUUGAUAUCUGAGACAAAAAUACUGCAUUAGGAGAAGGGAUUGCAAUGGGCUGAGCUUUUAGCUUGGCAAAAUCAAUAUUUGGUAUAGGGCCGGCCACCCAAGGUCCAACCAUCCCAUCCGUAAUUAGGAGUUUGUGAGGGGCUCUUUUUAUGCGCCGAAAGUGAUUUGAUUUGAGUGUUCAUGUGCUUAUUUCUGAUAUGAAUUUGAGAGAUGCCAAUGGGACUUGCUAAGAUUGGACUUGAUGAGGAACUUGUCCACUUGUGCCAGCAAUGUGCGCACGUGAGAUCCGAGCCAUUCAUCAGUAACGAUCCUGCCAUGUGGAUUCCCUGGCUGACAAAUAAGAUCAGUAAACGCAUCUGGGGAGGUGGACUGCACAUGUAUGUUGGGUGUGCUGUUUGAAGUGCUGAAUUAGGAUUGUGUGAUGAGGGCUCUUUAUGGGUCCAAUGUGAUUUGUGUUGGAUUGGUAUGAAUGUUUGGAGUUUAUGGUUUUUUACCAGAAUUUAUGAACUUACACAUGUUUGGAGUUGCCCGAACAACAGUGCAUCUCGAUGACUAUGAAUCCUAAUAUCAUUUGAUGAGUGAGAUUUGUAUUUCUUCUUUUCUAUUUUUGCCAUGGAUCCAUCAGUGCAGUUCACUUGUUGAAAGUCUA